CUCACGCAGAAAACUUGCAGACGGAAACACCGUGAAACCGCAGCGGAGCCACAGACGAAGAAAUCAAACGUUUUUCUCAUCGGGUUUUAAUUAUUUUCCACAUUUAAAGUGCUCUAACUGGAGAUGGAGAGCCUGCGAGCCGUCAUCUACCUGUCCAUCUUCCUGUCAGUGAUGUCAUCCGUUUGUCGGGGUGAAAGGUCAACUGAGGGUCAGCUGCCGUCGGCGCCGGACGAGCCGACCUUUGGAUUUGAACUGGCUGAAGCUCUGCAGGGUCUCCUGGAUGAAGCUGACAACAGAGUCGGCCUCUCCGUGGAGAAGAAGGCCAGCGUCAUCCCCAGGUGCGAUGUGGGCGAGCGCUGUGCGAUGAAACACGGACCUCGGAUCGGCCGGCUCUGCGACUGCCUGAGGGGAACGGCCUGCAACACCUUCUUCCUGCGCUGCUACUGAUCGUUUCUUUUAUCCGGUGAGGAGGUGAAAUCUAAUCGUUACUCUAAAUCGGGCCAAACGGACCCGGUCCUCACAGAUAGACACUCUCUCCUGUUCGUCUCAGUGUUUCUGUUUUAAAGUUUCAACAGAAUUCAGAUUCUUUUGUUUUUGUUGGUAAAGAUUUUUCAAGAAGCUGGAAAAGAUUUUAUGAUUUUAUGAUGUAAUUUGUUCGCCUGACGAGUCAAACUCAAGCUUUUGUCGUCAGAUAAAUUUGAAAUGUUUCUUUGACACAUAAAUGUGGAUUAUUGUGUUUAUUCUUGAAGCACAGCUGUAAACAUUUAGUUCAGUUUGUCUUUCUCUGUUUGUUGUAAAUUAUUUUUAAAGUAUCUGAAAUUCAAUGUUUACUUUAAGUAUAUUGUGUGUUCUCUGGUAUAUAAAGUUAUUUGAAACAGAUGUUAUAGAUAUUCUUUAUCUGCCUAUUUGUAUGUUUUUGUCUGUGAAUCUUUACCUUUUUUGCAAUUAAAUAAAUGGUGGUGUACCACAGA